AUGGGCGCACAAGCAUCUAAGAGCACAGACCCAGUGGCACCAACGCUUUUUACGCCGCAGUCUAAGAUUGAGUUCUCACAAGCAUUACUUUCUCAACUUGAGGAUGUUUCCGAGAUGGACUAUAGCAGAAAAGAGUAUGCUGAAAAAUGCAUUGAGCAAAAGAUCUCGAGUAGAUUAUCAGAGCUCGAAGUGGAGACCUUAAGGAAAUUCAAGGACACUCUAAAUGAUUCCAUGCAGACUGAUAGCGAUGAUGGUUCUAAUAAAAAUACGGCCUGUACUGGCAAACUAAAUGAAAAGUUAACGGAUUUAAGUCAAAAACUUGAAGCAUUUAAAAAAUUGGAAGAGGAUAAGAAACAGAAGUUUGGUUUGGAAGAGAAAGAAGGCCCCAGAGCGAAAUUGACCGAGUGUUUGAUUAAGAACAAAGGCAAGCCGUUAAACUGUGUCGACGAAAUAGCAGCAUUUAAGGAGUUCAUGGAUAGUAAAUAG